AUGCCCAUGCUGGCCACAGCGCAUUAUUACUCACGGUACGAGUUUGAAGUGUCACAGCGCGUACCAAAAGUAAUAAUGGGCCGUCACCAGCGAUGCCCGCCGCUCCUCGUGGCUCCGGACUUGCCCUGCGGGAAGGACGAUGACAACAAUGGAGAGAAGAGCUGCGUCUUGGCCACUGGACACUGUGGACGGGCUCUGUCACGCUUGCAGAUGGAGCAGUGGCUGGAUUUGUGCAUGAGGAGGUUCUUUGGGUGGGAGAGGGACCCCCGGGACAUUGGGAAUAAAGGCCACAACAACCAUGGCGGCUACAACUGUGUCUGCGUUAAUGGCUGGACGGGAGAGGACUGCAGCGAGAACAUCGACGACUGCGCCAUGGCUGCCUGCUUCCACGGGGCCACCUGCCACGACCGGGUGGCCUCCUUCUAUUGCGAGUGUCCCCACGGCCGCACAGGUUUGCUGUGCCACCUCGAUGACGCCUGCAUCAGCAACCCCUGCAACGAGGGCUCCAACUGCGACACCAACCCCGUCAACGGCAAAGCCAUCUGCACGUGUCCUUCGGGGUACACGGGGCCAGCCUGCAGCCAGGACGUGGACGAGUGCUCGCUGGGAGCCAACCCUUGCGAGCACGCAGGCAAAUGCAUCAACACCCAGGGGUCCUUCCAGUGCCAGUGCCUGCAGGGCUACUCGGGCCCUCGCUGCGAGAUCGACGUCAACGAGUGCCUCUCCAACCCCUGCCAGAACGAUGCCACCUGCCUGGACCAGAUCGGGGAGUUCCAGUGCAUCUGCAUGCCCGGUUACGAGGGGGUUUACUGCGAGAUCAACACGGACGAGUGCGCCAGCAGCCCCUGCCUGCAAAACGGCAACUGCCUCGACAAGAUCCACGAGUUCCACUGUUUCUCGGGUGCUCACUGCGAGAUCGACAUCGAUGAGUGCGACCCCGACCCGUGCCACUACGGGACCUGCAAGGACAGCAUCGCCGCCUUCACCUGCCUCUGCCAGCCAGGCUACACGGGCCACCGCUGCGACAUCAACAUCAACGAGUGCCAGAGCCAGCCCUGCAAAAACGGGGGGACCUGCCAGGACAGGAACAACGCCUACAACUGCCUCUGCCUCAAAGGGACCACGGGGCCCAACUGCGAGAUCAACCUGGACGACUGCGCCAGCAACCCCUGCGACUACGGCAAGUGCAUCGACAAGAUCAACGGCUACGAGUGCACCUGCGAGCCGGGCUACACAGGUGAGAGCAGGGCAGGGCGGCCACCGCAGCACCCUGGGGACGUGUUAAGAACCGGGGUUUGCUGGGGAAACGAUGGCUGCUGCAGCCGGGAGGGCCGGGGUGGAGCAGAUCCUGUGCUUGAUGCCCCAAUUUUUCCCCAAAGCUACAGGUGUGACUGCAACCCAGGCUGGAGUGGGACAAACUGCGACAUUAACAAUAACGAGUGUGAAUCCAAUCCCUGCAUGAACGGUGGCACCUGCAAGGACAUGACCAGCGGCUACAUCUGCACCUGCAGGGAGGGCUUCAGCGGACCCAACUGCCAGACCAAUAUCAACGAAUGCGCUUCCAACCCUUGCCUGAACCAGGGCACGUGCAUCGACGACGUUGCCGGCUAUACCUGCAACUGCCUCCUGCCCUACACAGGAGCCACCUGCGAGGACGUGCUGGCCCCCUGCGCCGGCAGCCCCUGCAAGAACGGCGGUGAGGCGAGGGUCCUGUCCUGCCCCACAGCUCACCCGGGUCAGACCUGCGAGAUCGACAUCAACGAGUGCGUGAAGAGCCCCUGCCGCAACGGGGCCACGUGCCAGAACACCAACGGGAGCUACCGCUGCGCCUGCAGAGCCGGCUUCGCCGGCCGCAACUGCGACACCGACAUCGACGACUGCAAGCCCAAUCCGUGCCACAACGGUGGCUCCUGCUCUGAUGGUGUCGGCACAUUCUUCUGCGAGUGCCUGGCUGGUUUCCGUGGGCCCAAGUGCGAGGAGGACAUCAACGAGUGCGCCAGCAACCCCUGCAAGAACGGUGCCAACUGCACCGACUGCGUCAACAGCUACACCUGCACCUGCCCCUCCGGCUUCAGCGGCAUCCACUGCGAGAACAACACACCUGACUGCACGGAGAGCUCCUGCUUCAACGGUGGGACCUGCGUGGAUGGCAUCAACACCUUCACCUGCGUCUGCCCGCCCGGCUUCACGGGCAGCUACUGCGAGCACAACAUUAAUGAGUGCGACUCCAAGCCGUGCCUGAACGGGGGCACGUGCCAGGACAGCUACGGAACAUACAAGUGCACUUGUCCCCAGGGAUACACCGGGCUCAACUGCCAGAACCUGGUGCGCUGGUGCGACUCCUCUCCCUGCAAAAACGGAGGCAAGUGCUGGCAGACCAACAACCUGUACCGCUGUGAGUGCAACAGCGGGUGGACGGGGCUCUACUGCGACGUCCCCAGCGUCUCCUGCGAGGUGGCCGCCAAGCAGCAAGGUAUCGACGUAGCACAUCUCUGCAGGAAUUCAGGGCUCUGCGUGGACACCGGCAACACUCACUUCUGCCGCUGCCAGGCCGGCUACACGGGCAGCUACUGCGAGGAGCAGGUGGACGAGUGCUCCCCCAACCCCUGCCAGAACGGAGCCACCUGCACAGACUACCUGGGAGGCUACUCCUGCGAGUGCGUGGCUGGUUAUCAUGGAGUUAACUGCUCAGAGGAGAUCAAUGAGUGCUUGUCCCACCCAUGCCAGAACGGAGGAACCUGCAUCGAUCUCAUCAAUACCUACAAAUGCUCCUGCCCCAGAGGAACUCAAGGGGUGCACUGUGAGAUCAAUGUGGAUGACUGCAGCCCUUUCUUUGAUCCUGUCACCCUGGGGCCCAAGUGCUUUAACAAUGGCAAGUGCACGGAUCGGGUAGGUGGCUACAGCUGCAUCUGCCCCCCUGGCUUUGUAGGGGAGCGCUGCGAGGGAGACGUCAACGAGUGCCUGUCCAACCCCUGCGACGCCCGCGGCACCCAGAACUGCGUGCAGCGGGUCAACGACUACAAAUGCGAGUGCCGACCUGGCUACACAGGCCGCCGCUGUGACACCGUGGUGGAUGGCUGUAAAGGCAAACCCUGUAGGAACGGGGGAACCUGCGCUGUUGCCAGCAACACUGGCCGUGGCUUCAUCUGCAAAUGCCCCCCGGGAUUCGUGGGUGCCACCUGCGAGAACGACUCCCGCACCUGUGGGAACCUGCACUGCCUGAACGGUGGCACUUGCAUCUCCAUCCACAAGAGCUCCAAGUGCAUGUGCGCGCCGGCCUUCACGGGUCCCGAGUGCCAGUACCCGGCCAGCAGCCCCUGCACCUCCAACCCCUGCUACAACAGGGGCACCUGCGAGUUCUUCGGCGAUGCCUCCCCCUACUACCGGUGCAACUGCCCUGCCAACUUCAACGGCCUCAACUGCCACAUCCUCGACUUCGAUUUCCAGGGUGGCAUCGGGCAGGAUAUCAUCCCACCCAAAAUUGAGGAGAAGUGCGAGAUUGCCGUUUGCGCGGGCUACGCCGGCAACAAGAUCUGCGAUGGGAAAUGCAACAACCAUGCCUGCGGCUGGGACGGGGGUGACUGCUCCCUCAAUUUCAACGACCCCUGGAAGAACUGCUCCCAGUCUCUGCAGUGCUGGAAGUACUUCAACGACGGCAAGUGCGACGCUCAGUGCAACAACGCUGGCUGCCUGUACGAUGGAUUUGACUGCCAGAAAUACGAAGGGCAGUGCAACCCUCUGUACGAUCAGUACUGCAAAGAUCACUUCUCAGAUGGUCACUGUGACCAGGGCUGCAAUAAUUUUGAGUGCGAGUGGGAUGGUCUGGACUGUGCAAACAACAUGCCGGAGAAGCUGGCAGAUGGCACGCUGGUGGUGGUGGUCCUCAUCACUCCCGAGAACCUGAAGAACAACUCUUUCAACUUCCUGCGGGAGCUGAGCCGCGUGCUGCACACCAACGUGGUCUUCAAGAAGAAUGCCAAGGGAGAGUACAUGAUCUUUCCGUACUACGGCAAUGAGGAGGAGCUGAAAAAGCAUUACAUCAAGAGAUCAACAGAGGACUGGUCAGACAUGUCUAGUGCUGUCAUCAACAAAGUGAAGAGCAGCCUCUACUCCAGGGCUGGCAGAAGGCAGAGGAGAGAGCUCGAUCAGAUGGACAUCAGAGGAUCCAUCGUCUACUUGGAAAUUGAUAACCGCCAGUGCAUCCAGUCCUCUUCCCAGUGCUUCCAGAGUGCAACCGAUGUGGCGGCGUUCCUGGGCGCCUUGGCCUCCCUUGGCAACCUGAACAUACCCUACAAAAUAGAAGCCGUUAAAAGUGAAACAGCUGAGCCGGCGAAGAACUCCCAGCUGUAUCCUAUGUACGUGGUGGUGGCUGCGCUGGUCUUGCUUGCUUUCAUUGGAGUGGGAGUACUGGUGUCUCGUAAGCGGCGCAGGGAGCAUGGGCAGCUUUGGUUCCCAGAAGGCUUCAAAGUGACAGAGUCGAGCAAGAAGAAGCGACGAGAACCGCUUGGGGAGGAUUCUGUUGGACUGAAACCCCUCAAAAAUGCUUCUGACGGCACGCUGAUGGAUGACAACCAAAAUGAGUGGGGUGAUGAGGAGACCUUGGACACCAAGAAGUUCAGGUUCGAGGAGCAGGCGAUGCUGCCCGACACGGACGAUCAGACGGAUCACCGGCAGUGGACCCAGCAGCACCUGGAUGCCGCUGACCUGCGCAUAUCCUCCAUGGCGCCUACUCCGCCGCAGGGGGAAAUCGAUGCGGACUGCAUGGAUGUCAACGUCAGAGGGCCCGAUGGCUUCACCCCCCUCAUGAUCGCCUCGUGCAGCGGAGGAGGGCUGGAGACCGGCAACAGCGAAGAGGAAGACGAUGCUCCCGCCGUCAUUUCGGAUUUCAUUUACCAAGGCGCCAGCUUGCACAACCAGACUGACCGCACCGGCGAGACGGCUCUGCACCUGGCUGCCAGGUACUCCCGCUCCGACGCUGCCAAGCGCCUGCUGGAAGCUAGCGCCGAUGCCAACAUCCAGGACAACAUGGGCAGGACACCCCUCCACGCCGCCGUCUCUGCCGAUGCCCAGGGAGUCUUCCAGAUCCUGAUUAGGAACAGGGCAACCGAUCUCGACGCCCGAAUGCACGACGGGACCACUCCUCUGAUCCUGGCCGCUCGCUUGGCUGUGGAGGGCAUGCUGGACGAUCUCAUCAACUGCCACGCAGACGUCAAUGCCGUGGAUGAUCUAGGCAAGUCAGCACUGCACUGGGCAGCGGCUGUGAAUAACGUUGAAGCCGCAGUGGUGCUCCUGAAGAAUGGGGCCAAUAAGGAUAUGCAGAACAAUAAGGAGGAGACCCCACUGUUCCUCGCAGCCAGAGAAGGGAGCUACGAAACCGCCAAGGUCCUGCUGGACCAUUAUGCCAACCGCGAUAUCACGGACCACAUGGACCGGCUCCCACGGGACAUCGCCCAGGAGCGCAUGCACCAUGACAUCGUGAGGCUGCUGGAUGAGUACAACCUGGUGCGGAGCCCACCGCUGCACAACGGCCCGCUGGGGGCACCCACCCUGUCCCCACCGCUGUGCUCUCCCAGCAGCUACAUUGGCAACCUGAAACCUGCCGUCCAGGGCAAGAAGGCCAGGAAGCCGAGUACCAAGGGCCUGAGCUGCAACGGCAAGGAUGCCAAAGACCUCAAAGCCCGGAGGAAAAAAUCACAAGAUGGGAAAGGAUGUCUGCUUGACAACUCCAGUGUGUUGUCUCCGGUGGACUCCCUGGAGUCGCCCCAUGGGUACCUGUCGGAUGUUGCCUCUCCUCCGCUGAUGACCUCUCCGUUUCAGCAGUCCCCUUCCGUGCCUCUGAAUCACCUGCCAGGCAUGCCUGAUGCCCACAUGAGCAUCAACCACCUCAACAUGGCGGGGAAGCAGGAUAUGGCCAUGGGAAACUCCAGCAGGAUGGCCUUCGAUGCGGUGCCGCCGCGCCUCUCCCACCUCCCCGUCUCCAGCCCCAGCACAGCGAUGAGCAACGCCCCGCUGAAUUUCUCUGUCGGCGGCGCGGCCGCUCUGAACGGGCAGUGUGACUGGCUCAGCCGGCUGCAGAACGGCAUGGUCCAGACCCAGUACAACCCCAUGAGAGGCAACAUGCAACCAGGGGCGCAUCAGCAGCCGCAAAACCUCCAGCACGGCAUGAUGACCUCCCUGCGCCCCCCCCCCCCACACCACCCGCCGCAGCAGCAUCACAACCCCAGCUCCAACGCGAGCGGCCACAUCGGCCAAAAUUUCCUUGGUACGGAGCUGAGCCAGCCUGACAUGCAGCCGGUGAGCAGCAGUACCAUGGCGGUCCACACGAUCCUGCCUCAGGAUUCCCAGAUGCUGCCCACGUCUCUGCCAUCCUCCCUCGCCCAGCCCAUGACCACCACGCAGUUUCUAACUCCACCUUCCCAGCACAGUUAUUCCUCCCCCUUGGACAACACCCCCAGCCACCAGCUCCAGGUGCCGGACCACCCUUUCCUAACGCCGUCGCCGGAGUCACCGGACCAGUGGUCCAGCUCGUCUCCUCACUCCAACGUGUCCGACUGGUCCGAGGGCAUCUCCAGCCCUCCGACGAGUAUGCAGUCACAGAUGGGACACAUCCCCGAAGCCUUCAAGUGA